CCCCCCGCCGCCGCCCCGCGGCCGCUGCUGCCGCCCAAGUGCGAGCUUUUGCACGUAGCCAUCGUGUGUGCGGGCCAUAACUCCAGCCGCGACGUCAUCACGCUGGUGAAGUCCAUGCUCUUCUACAGGAGGCACCCGCUGCACCUGCACUUGGUGACUGACGCCGUGGCCCGGAGCAUCCUGGAGACGCUAAACCACUCGUGGAUGGUGCCCGCUCUGGGGGUCAGCUUCUACGAUGCCGAUGAGCUCAAGCCCCAGGUCUCCUGGAUCCCCAAUAAGCACUACUCGGGCCUCUAUGGGCUCAUGAAGCUGGUGUUGCCCAGCACCCUUCCUCCUGACCUGACCCGAGUCAUUGUCCUGGACACAGAUGUCACCUUCGCCUCUGACAUCGCGGAGCUCUGGGCACUCUUUGCUCGCUUUUCUGACAAGCAGGUGAUCGGGCUCGUGGAGAACCAGAGUGACUGGUACCUGGGCAACCUCUGGAAGAACCACAGGCCCUGGCCUGCCUUGGGCCGGGGAUUUAACACAGGUGUGAUCCUGCUGCGGCUGGACCGGCUUCGGCAGGCUGGCUGGGAGCAGAUGUGGACGCUGACAGCUAGGCGGGAGCUCCUCACCCUGCCCGCCACCUCGCUGGCCGACCAGGACAUCUUCAACGCCGUGAUCAGGGAGCUGCCCGGGCUGGUGCAGCCCCUGCCCUGCGUCUGGAACGUGCAGCUCUCGGACCACACCCUGGCUGAGCGCUGCUACUCUCAGGCGUCUGAGCUCAAGGUGAUCCACUGGAACUCGCCGAAGAAGCUGCGGGUGGAGACCAAGCACGCAGAAUUCUUCCGCAACUUCCAGCUGACCUUCCUGCAGUACGAUGGGACCCUGCUGCGGAGGGAGCUGUUCGGGUGUCCCAGCCACCCCCAGCCUGGGGCCGAGCAGUUGCAGAGGGCCCUGGCACAACUUGACGAGGAAGAUGGCUGCUUUGAGUUCCGGCGGCAGCGGCUCACCGUGCACCGUGUGCACAUCACCUUCUUACCGCACGAGCCGCCACCGCCCCGGCCUCACGAUGUCACCCUGGUGGCCCAGCUCUCCAUGGACCGGCUGCAGAUGCUGGAGGCCCUGUGCGGCCACUGGCCGGGCCCCAUGAGCCUGGCCUUGUACCUGACAGAUGCGGAGGCCCAGCAGUUCCUGCACUUCGUCGAGGCCUCGCCGGUGCUCUCCUCCCGGCGUGACGUGGCCUACCACGUGGUGUACCGCGAAGGUCCCCUCUACCCUGUCAACCAGCUCCGCAACGUGGCCCUGGCACAGACCCUCACGCCUUACGUCUUCCUCAGCGACAUCGACUUCCUGCCUGCCUACUCGCUCUAUGACUCCCUCAGGGCCUCCAUCGAGCAGCUGGAGCUGGGGGGGCGGAAGGCCGCGCUGGUGGUGCCGGCGUUCGAGACCCUGCACUACCGCUUCAGCUUCCCCAGCUCCAAGGAGGAGCUGCUGGCCCUGCUGGACGCCGGCUCCCUCCACACCUUCAGGUACCACGAGUGGCCCCGGGGGCACGCGCCCACAGACUACGCCCGCUGGCGGGGAGCUCGGACCCCGUACCGCGUGCAGUGGGCGGCAGACUACGAGCCCUACGUGGUGGUGCCGCGCGACUGUCCCCGCUACGACCCUCGCUUUGUGGGCUUUGGCUGGAACAAGGUGGCCCACAGAGUGGAGCUGGAUGCACAGGAGUACGAGUUCCUGGUGCUGCCGGACGCCUUCGCCAUCCACCUGCCCCACGCACCGAGCCUGGGCAUCUCGCGCUUCCGCGCCAACCCCGCCUACCGGGACUGCCUCCAGACUCUCAAGGACGAGUUCCUCCAGGACCUGUCCCGCCGCUAUGGGGCUGCCGCCCUCAAAUACCUCACUGCCCUGCAGCAGCCCCGAAGCCCCACCUGAGGCGCCCCAGGCCGGACCUGCAGGCCUGCCCUGACCCUCGCCUCGGCUCACACUCCCUGCAAAUGUCGGAUGAUCUCGCCAGCCCCAGCCCACCGCUAUUUAAAUUAUUUAAGGUCUCCGGGAAGGGCUGGGGAGCAUCUGUGGGGUGCCCCUGUGGGGUGCCCCAGGCCUCCGCUGGUGUCCCUCUGCUCCAGCCAGUGUGGGGCUGGUUCCCCCCAUCCUCCAUUGUACUUCCCUUUUUCAUAAUUAAAGUUUUUUUUUUCUUUUUUAAGAGAGGUUUUUGCUAUGGGGUAUGUGCAGUUGCCAGAGAGACAGAGAG